GUCGCUAUAGUGACAGAAAAUUAAAACCAAACCGAUGUGACUGAGAGAGGAAAAAACAGUAAAGAGAGACUUUUUUAAUCAUUUUAAUUUGCUUGCCAAAGUGUACGGACGUGUAACUUGUUUGGUGGCAGGAGGAGGGCGCUGUUACGCUGUCCAUGAAGUGGCUCACAUCCGGAAUAAGGCGGUGGCGAAGAAGAAGAAGGAGAGGGAAAACGAAAAUGGCGUUCAAAUGGUCUGCCCCAAGUAACGAGCUCUCCUGUCCGGUCUGCCAGGACACCUUCAAAGACCCCGUCCUUCUUCCCUGUAGCCACAGCUUCUGUCACACCUGUGUGUUGGAGUGGUGGAGACGGAAGCGAGGCCGUGAGUGUCCCGUGUGUAAGUCGGUGUCUUCGACCGACAGACCGGCGCGAAACCUGGUGUUGAAGAAUCUGUGUGAGGCGUUUCUCCUGGAGGUACAGUCAGGGGUUUUCUGCCACCAGCACUACGAAAAACUGAAGCUCUACUGCCUGGACCACCAGAGACCGGUCUGCGUGGUGUGCAGGGAGUCAAGUGAGCACCUACAUCAUCGUUUUAUACCCGUCGACGAGGCGGCGGAGGUGCGUAGGAAGGAGCUGAAGAAGAAAAUCAGGCCUCUUCAAGAGAAAGUGGAAGUCUUCAGAGAAGCGAAAGAAAACUGUGAGAGCACAGAGGAAGAGAUUGAGGCACAAGCUCGGGACACAGAGGAGAAGAUAAGGAAUGAGUUCAGCGCCCUGCGGAUGUUUCUGCAAACCGAAGAAGAGGCCAGGAUCCAUGAGCUGAAAGAAGAAGCGUCCCAUAAGAAGAUGGUGGUGAGAUCCAACAUUGAGCCGCUGAACAACCAGAUAGUCGCCAUGGAGGGAACCAUCCAUACCAUAGAAAGAGGGCUGAGAGUUGACGACACGUCCUUCCUGCUACAAGCCGACGCUUUGAAAUCAAGGGCUCAGCACCGACUGCCAGAAGACCCAAAGGACAUGACAGGAGCCAUGAUCGACGUUGGUAAAUAUUUGGGAAAUCUACGCUUCAAUGUCUGGUCCAAAAUGAAGGAUGAAGUGUCCUACAGCCCUGUAAUCCUGAACCCCAACACGGCCCACAGAGAGCUGCGUCUGUCUCAAGAUCUGACAGGUGUAUCGUGCGGGCCAAAAAUGUCUCCUCAUGAAUCCAUGCACAGCCAUUCGGAGAGGAUGGCUCAGCACCGCAGCGUCCUGGGUUGCGAAGGCUUCAGCUCAGGGAGUCACAGCUGGGAUGUGGACAUCGGAAAAAAUAAAGUAUGGGCACUUGGCGUGAUAGCAAAGGAUGCCCAAGGGAAGGCGAACCUACAGUCCGGGUUGUGGAUGUUGAGGUUUUGUGGCGGUAAAUUAACAGCCUUCUCCCCGUCCUGUCCAGCGUCUGUCCUCCCGCUGAAGGACUGGCUCCAGAGGGUCAGAGUGCACCUGGACUGGGACAAAGGAAAGCUGUCCUUCAUAGAUCCAGAUACCAACACAGUCAUACACACAUUCACGCACACAUUCACAGACAAGCUCUUUCCGUACAUGAACACCUGGAAUGACAUCCCACUGAAGAUACUACCCCUGAAAGCCUCUGUAACUGUGGGCUAACACGGCUGUCGAUGAAGAACAUUAAACUGAGUCACUCUGCUUGAACUUAAACAGUUACUCACUUUGUCACUUUCUGUAUUUUCCUUUUGUUAAGGUAGAAUCAACAGCUCAUACCUCGAUAAUCACUGUUGCAUUGAUACAGCUUAAUGCUUUAUUGUUCUUGCAUUUCUCUACCACACUGCUGGAGUGCCUUAUUUGUUAUUAGAUUUCAAUAUAUAUAUAUAUUUCAUAUAUGUAUACAUAUGUUCAUAUAAAAAAAA